AUGGAAGCUGCUGUGACUGUUCCCUUGGCUGAAGGACACAUGUUUGACCAGGAUGUGGAACUCCUGAUUUACUACAGUGAAUUGCACAAGCCCAGUGUAGCUGUGGAGAUGGGGAUGCAGAACAUGAAGCCAGAUAGUUUGAUGGGUGCUCCUUCUGUAAUGGUGAGUUUCUAUCCAGAUAUCCCAGAAGUGGAGGCCUCAAAGGCUUGUGGAGAAUUUGUGUUCCUCAUGGACCGCUCUGGGAGUAUGGAUUAACCCAUGAACGACCAGAAGGAUUCUCAGCUAUGCAUAGAGGCUGCCAAGGAAACUCUGUUGCUGUUGCUGAAGAGUUUACCUAUGGGUUGUUACUUUAACAUCUAUGGAUUUGGAUCUUCCUAUGAAAAGUUCUUUCUGGAGAGUGUGAAGAACACUCAGGAAACAAUGGAAGAGGUAGUGAACAGAGUGAAGGAUCUAAAAGCAGUCCUAGGGGGUACUGAUAUCUUGGCAGCACUCCUCAACAUUUAUAAAGGACCCUCCAUUCCUGGCCAUCCUUUACAGAUCUUUGUCUUCAUGGAUGGAGAAGUUAUGGGCACAUUUAGUGUCAUUAAAGAAGUUAAGUUAAACAGCAAGAAGCAUAGAUGUUUCUCAUUUGGAAUUGGAGAAGGAGCCUCCACCAGUUUAAUCAAAGGCAUUGCCCGGGUAUCAGGGGGCACUGCAGAGUUUAUUACAGGCAAGGACAGGAUCCAGACCAAGGCUCUUGGGUCUCUGAAGUUUGCCCUAAACUGUUCGGUGGAUGACUUCUCUCUGAGUUGGGAUUUGCCUCCUGGUCUGUCAGCUAGCAUGCUUUCUCCAGAGCAGACUGUCAUCUUUAGGGGUCAGAGAUUAAUCAUCUAUGCCCAACUCAUUGGGACUAUGCCUCAAGUGGAGACCUCUGGAGAAGUGUGCCUCAAGUAUGCACUCCAAGGCAAGAGUCUUGAAAACAGGGUGACAUUUUCCCUACAGCCCAAGACAAACACCAGCUUCACCAUUCAUCGUUUGGCUGCAAAGUCCUUGAUUCAAAUGAAGGACUUGGGCUCUCAUGAGGCCUCAAAAGCAGAAAAAGAUGAUGUGUUGAACAUCAGCAUUCAGUCUGGAGUCCUCAGCUCCUUCAGCUUCAUUGCAGUAAACAAGGAGCUCAACCAGCCAGUGCAGGGGCCUUUGGCUCACAGAGUGAUUCCAAGGCCAGUAAUUUUUCCAAAUUUGCCUAAGAUAUGUACUCCUGGGUUUGAAGAACUACAGAUGUGCUUGCUCAGCUCAGAUCAAGGGUUCCAAAAGACACAAUCAGAAGUAGAAAAGGGUUUAGAAGAUGAUAAACCUCUUCAAGCCCGCUAUUCAUAUGACUGUGUGAAAGAUACAAACUACAUGGGCGUGAUGAAAAACUCAGAAUCCUCCACCAAGAAAAGCAACUUGAAAAAUGAACACAAAGUUGUUAGAGAAAAUGCUGUUCUGCGCCUGAUUUACCUACAGAAAGCAAAUGGCUCCUGGGAGCUGGAUAAGGAUCUGGCUAAGAUCCUGGGCACUAGUUUGGAAGACGUGAAGGCUGCAAAUCCUACCAAGGAUGAGGACCCCUCAGCCUGGACCACAGUGCUGGCUGUGCUCUGGCUGAAUGCCAAUGGGACAGACUCAAAGUGUGAGUGGGAGAUUCUGGAAAAGAAUGCAGUGGCCUGGCUUCAUGACCACGCAGAUUCCUCCAUCCCCAUGCUAGUGAAUGCUGCCAAUCAUUUCCUGAAAUUGCCUGUGACUCUUGAUGCCUUUGUCUUCUGAGAAUGCAACCCAAGA